UCGGGUAAUAUUUCAAAAUGGUGGACAGGAAGAUACUACUUGGCCUGGCUUCAAGAUGAUUGGAGACGGUGUUUACGGAAUUGCGUGGUGUUUGUUGUGUCUGUGAAUUACGAGUUAUAUUCGGGAAGCUUAAAGACAGUUCACGGACUUUAUUUGUUGCAUAUAAAUGGUUGUCCCAGAGAAGCAGCCAUGCUGAUAUUGUUACUGUGUGAGCCAUAUUCUCAAGUGAUGAUGCAAGGGAGCAUAUAAACAUGUGGUGCUACAUAAACCACUGCUUCAAGUCCAACUAAAUCAAGGAAUACCCUUUCACCAGGAACAUUCAAAAUUAACCAUGGAUGAAAAGAGGGUGGUGGACUACUUUGUGGUGGCCGGCCUCCCCAGCAAUCCUCUCCCCUUGGAGGAAUUCACCAACGAGGCGGCUAUCAAACCCUCCUUCAAACAGGACCCCAUCACUGAAAUUGCAGUCAUCAACCGCAGUCUGGGUGAAAAGGUCCCUAAGGGAUUCACCUGCAUUGAGAGGACUCCGUCUGGCUUACCAGCUGACCUCAACCAUGGUUCUAUACGCUGCCACGAAAUGUUCCUUUGCUACAGGCGGAGUCGUGAGAAGCCACCUUUAACUGACCUUGGGGUGCUGUAUGAAGGGAAGGAGAAGGUUCUACAAGGGUGCGAGGUUGUCCACACGACCGCCUUCGGUCACCCUGCCAAUGUCAACAACAGCAGCAACAACAGAACGUACAUCACAUUCCGUCGAGCAUCCAUUGCUGCAUCCAGUGAUACCUUGGCCGUCAUGGAUAUUUGUGUCAUCCUCAUUAAUAAGGGAGAGGACCCUCCGUUAGCAUUCAACAGAAUCAACAAGAACUUGAACAAAGGAAUGGUGGGCUCAGAUGUAUUUCUCUGCUACAAGAAAGCUAUGAACAAAGUGGAUCUCCUUGCUUACAAACCAGGUAUCAUUGACAGAUAUCCGAUGUACGAUCAGGACACAUAUCAACUCCCAGAACAGGUGCCUAUGUUCUGCCUGCCUAUGGGAGCCACCAUUGAAUGCUGGCCAGCUAAUGCUCAGCACCCGUUGCCUGUGUUUUCCACCUUCAUCUUGACCAUACCAAAUGGAGAGAAGGUCUUCGGUGCUGCUGUGACAUUCUACGAAGAGUACCAUGAAGAUAAACUAACAGAUCUCCAAAUGCGUCACUUGGGUCUGAAGAACAAACAUAUCCGAGAACAGUACCGCAUCCUCAAGACAGUCCAUGCCAACAAGAGCAUCUGUUUACUAUCUCGCUGGCCAUUCUUCGAUGCUUUUAAGAAGUUCCUGUCCUAUCUGUACAAGAUCUCUAUCACUGGCCCUCACACUGUGCCCAUAGAAAGACACAUCUCUCACUUCAUGUAUGACGUCCCCUAUCCCUCCCCACAGAGGCCUCGCAUCCUGGUACAGUUAAACCAUGAAGCUUUGUCACUCUGUAUGCCUGAAGACUCACCACUCCCACAAAGUGGUGCGUCUUUCAUCACGCUGCUGAAGAACAUGGGCCCAGAGAACUGCAUGAGCAUCCUGGGAUACAUCCUGCUGGAGCACAAGAUCCUCAUCCAUUCCCUCCGCCCUGCUGUCCUCACGGGCGUUGCUGAGGCCGUGUCAACUAUGAUCUUCCCAUUCCACUGGCAGUGUCCGUACAUCCCCCUCUGUCCCCUCGGCCUGUCAGAGGUGCUUAGUGCCCCCUGUCCAUUCAUUGUAGGAAUAGAUUCUCGGUACUUCGAUCUCUACGAUCCCCCGCCCGAUGUCAUCUGUGUUGACCUUGACACAAACAGGAUAUGGAUGCCAGAGGACAGAAAGAACUUAAACUACAAGCUGCUUCCCAAGAAAGCAGCUCGGGUCCUGUUGGAGACGCUCCACAACUUGUUUGACGUGAUCACCCUGCACCCAGACCAGGCUCACACCACUGAUGAGGUGUCUCUGGAAAUGGCUCCAAUCGAUCAUGACUUUAAGUGGAAAAAGAAAGAGAUGCAGAUGGAGCUACAGAUACAGGAAGCCUUUCUGCGGUUCAUGGCAUGUUUGCUCAAGGACUAUAAGAACUACCUCAACCCUAUUCUUAACAAGCCCACCCUCUCGGCCACCGACGCAUCCUGCCUCUUUGACAUGCAGACCUUCCAGAAGAGUAGAGACAAAGCCUAUGCCAAGUUCUUCCACCAGAUGAUGAAAACACAGAUGUUCUUCCGAUUCAUUGAGGAGAGGUCCUUCGUGUCUGACAAAGAUGCCAGCCUUACUUUCUUUGAUGAAUGUGCUGAGAAGGUGGUCGAAACCAGUGGUGAUCCAAAGCUGAUAGAAAUUGAAAGUUCUCAUACAAGCGAACGUACAGUGUUCAUCAUGCCCCCAGAACCUGUUGGAUUACCUGAGGGGGUCAAGUACAGUUACAAUGGCUUCCCAUCACUGAAGCCUGAGCUGUUCCUCACCAAGAAGCCAUCCACUCUGUCGCUGCCAGGCAAACAAUCGCUCUGUCCCAACAGCCCCUUGGCACGCAGAACCAAGCAGGAGAUUCGAUCAGCUCAGAAGAUCGCACAGCAGCACAUCACUAAUCCUCACAGAUGGGCAAAAUGUUUGGCAGCCAACUGUUACAGUCUGUGGUUCAUCAAUCUGCCAGCAUUGGUCACUGUCAACCAGACCAAAGAGGAGUCUUUCAGAAUAGCCUUUGCAGUGCUCAGGAAGAUGGGACAGUCAAAACUUAUCUCCCCUGAUGAGGUGUGCUACCGCAUCCUCAUGCAGCUCUGUGGGCAGUACAAUGAACCCUUCCUUGCCAUCAAGGUGUUCUUGGCUAUGAAGAAGCAUGGUGUUCAGCCUAAUGCUAUCACAUACGGCUACUACAACAAGUUGAUUCUGGAAGCCAAGUGGCCGACACACAUCAACAAGGGACGACUUUUGUGGACAAAAAUCCGCAAUGUUAUCAUUGGUGUUGCACAGUUCCGGCGAGCCAUCCGUCGCCGUAGUUUGUCAAUCUGCUCCAACUCAGGGAGUGAGUUUGAUCAGAUUAGCAGAACCAGCGUCGACAGCUACUUUCAGGAGGAAGUGCUUCAAGAUCCCUCAACAAAAUCUGAAAUAGUUGUCAGCGAUGGCGCCAACGGCAAUGUAGAUACUGCUGCAGUUGUCAAGGCCAACAUUGAGGAGCGACUCAGCACAGGAAGUGCCCCCUCACCAUCCUACAUGGAGAAGUACACACCGAUGAUGCAAGAUAUCAGCAGUGACAGCCUCAAGUCAACAUCCCCGCUAGAGAGGAUCCUCGCCUCUCCUACCAACAUCGCCAUGGAGGUUGAAAUCAGCAGCUGUUCCAGGUGUACCCGCUGUCAUUGUCUUGUAUAUGAUGAGGAAAUAAUGGCCGGCUGGUUUGCAGAUGAUUCCAAUCUCAAUACCAGCUGCCAUUUCUGUCCUGCCAAAUUUGUUCCACAUCUUCAGAUUUAUGUUAAGGACUGGCGAGGCACAGGGAAAUGUCCUGUUGUGAAAGAUACCUCUAAUCCAAUGGGAGAUCUCACCUGUAGUUCUGACAGUCAUCUAAAGCCUCCAAACUCUGUGGAGAGGCAGCUAAGCUCAAACUCGUCCUUGUCAAGUUGUGACAUCCCUCCUAUGAUCGGUGAAGCCAUGGAGCUGGAUGGUCCACUCACUCCUAGUCCACUCACUAGUCCUGAUAACCGAGCAGACAGUCCAGUAGAAGAUGCUGGUCCAAAACACCAGCUCAAGUCUAUGAGUCCUUCUGUAAAAGAUCCAGCAUUCUUUGAUGCUGCUAUUGAAGCCAGACGGCGCGCAACCAGUGAAUGUCUGACACACGCAACUGAUAACACCUCCUUCGGUUCCUCGCUGGAGUCAGUAGACGGGUUCAACUACAGGCCAAUGAGGUCACCAUUGAGCAUUUCCAUAGGUGAAGAGGAAGAACUACCAACAUCGCCCUCUGCAGUUCCCGAAAUGAAGAAAGACUUCAUGGCAAGGUCUGCAUGUUCCAUCCCGCCAAUUGUUGUGCCAUAUCUGAGUCCACUGGUGCUGCGGAAGGAGUUGGAGUAUGUGUUGGAGCACGAGGGAGACCAAGGUCUGAUGGCGGACACAUUUGUAGAUGAACAUCCCAUCAUCUUCUGGAACUUGAUCUGGUACUUCCGACGACUUGAAGUUCCUAGUCAUCUGCCAGGACUGCUCCUGACUGCCAAGACCAUCACAAUACCGUCUGAGGGGUUGAAACAUGACAACCUAUACGACAGACGGCACGUACUGAUCCGCCCGAUGUGGGACAACACACGUAUACAUGAUGAGAUGGGACUGCCCAUGUACACAGCCUGGAACGCAGGUCAUCGGUCUACCGUGGUGGAUGCUCUUGUGACAGAAUCCCAGCCAUUCAGUCGAGCACAAAUGCACCAGAUCAUCUCCAGUAUUCAAUGCAAUGAUGUCCUUUCACCAAUCAAGCUGAUCAUGAACAACAGACGGCGACAUCGGCAGAAGAAACACCAGUUCCGGAGUCUGUACCGAGAGAUUCUGUUUUUGGCGUUUAUUGCAUGUGGCAGAGAGAAUAUUGAUCAUGAUGCAUUUGAUCGUGAGUUUUCCUUGGCAUUUGACAAGUUGAACCCGGCAGAUGUUCGGAGGCUUCAAAAUGAUGACAAACCUCGAGGCGAGGGAGUCAUCUGGUGCCGAAAGGUCUUCGGGGAGCUUGAGGUGUGAUAUUGCUCUUGCUUCAACAGAGAAUCCAAUCAGUUACUACAUAAACAGAGGAAGUGGAAUAUUGCCAAUACGUUACAAUACAGGAGUAUGGAAUAAUAGUGAUAUGACACAUGUGUAAUAUUACAGAGAUAACACUUCUAAAGCAAUAGUACCGUGCAGUGAAUUCUAGAGGAUUCUGUCGCGGAAGUGUGGAACAUUUCUCCAACUUUAGAAUAUACGAGAACUGUUGGUCUCAUAUUUUUUACUGUGACACUCGAGGGCUGAACAGCCACAGUGACUUGUGUCACAGCAUGUUCAACUUGGCUGUGUUAUUCUUGUACUAUUUCUCACAAUUUGUUUCCUGGAAACAAUGCACGACUUACAUAGAUUUGUUAUUCUUCAUCAUUCCAUCGGUUUAUAAUGAAUGGUUUUUCUGUGGGAUUUAACUUGAUCACAGUUGAGUUAUUUGUUUGACUUUUUUCUCUGUGUAUUUCAUGGUGGGCUCCUCCAUGGGUGGGUUUCAUGCCAACGAGUCACUUUCUUGACAUUUAACUUCUUUACCAGUGUCAGCUUUGCUGGACUUUCGUUUCAUGAUUGUAAAAGUAAAUCCUUUUAUGAAACCUAAAACCUUUGGUUUUCAAGGUUUGUAAGUUUUUAUUGACAGAUUUCUUAUUUUGUGUUUAGUUUUUGAUGAUCCUGGUGUAUGUGUGGCUCCUGUAGAUAAGACUGACUUCAAGAUCAGAGCGGUUCUCAGCUCUACCUAUGUAUGAUGUCGUAAGCUAGGAUGCUUUACAACAAGUCCCUAACAGUAUUUGUAUCCUCCUCCCAUCCCGUAAUAAUUGUACAUUUUAGUCUACUGUUUCCUACAAAAUGAAAGAGGUAAGGUUGCUCCCAUGUCAUGGCAAUGUUUGAUAUCUAAGCCAAGAUUUUGAACUUAGUGUAUGUUGGGUCAAGAUAUAUGAAGAUAAUGUUAUAUUCUGGAGUGUACUUGAAGGAAAUGGAGAAAGAUAACAUAGUAUGCUUACAUCGCUGUUUUGGAAGUGGGGACAAAAACGGAACCCUGCAUAAUUUAGUAGCCUUUAUUUUGCUUUGAUCUCAUAGUCAAGGCUUCUUAUCAAUAUCUGGGAGCUAUGUGCCUAGAUGCUAUUCCCAUGGCAUACGGGAUGGACAUGUCAUGCCAUCAGUUUAUGUACCGAGAACUGGUUAAGAUUUUCAGCAGGUACAGUUUGGGAUAUAGGAUUAACUGAAGUAUGUUUUAUCAUUUACCCAUAGGCAAAUCAACCAUCAUUGUAGUAUUCUGCAUAGAUUCAUUUGUGUUUGAUUUUGGAAAGGCACCUUCACUGUGUGUAUACUAUGUGAAAGUUGUCUCUUGGCUAUUAGCUAAAGGGAUUGUGAGAUCAUCAGCUCCUGAGGUGAAAUGUGGAAACACUUUUCCUUAACCUAUAUAGAUUCAUCUUUAGGAUAUCAUCCUUCUGAACCAGUUCAUUUGUCAUAAUCUUUUCAUGAAAGAAACUGAAAAGAUAAAGCUGCUUUCCUUGAUGUUUGGAAAGUGAAACAGUUCAUUGG